UACAAUUUGAAAAGCAGUCUCUAGCAGACAUCAAAAUGGAGGAGACGAAGGAGGUCGACGAAGAUCAUUUCAGAUUUAUUAACGAAAAAGGAGUUGAUGAUAUAUCUUUGGAAGUAUUUUACAAGCCACAUACAAUCACUUUGUUGACGGUAUCGAUUGGCGGCCUUCUUUAUUUUGCAUUUACAAGAGAUGAUCACGUACAAGAAGCAAACAUUUGGCGAGGGUUUUGUUGUGUAAUUUUCUUCUUCCUUGUCAUCAGUGUUCUGGCCUUCCCAAAUGGACCCUUCACAAGACCUCACCCAGCACUUUGGCGAAUGGUCUUUGGUCUCAGUGUGGUAUACUUCAUGUUACUGUUGUUUAUCCUGUUCCAAAACAGACGAGAUGUCAGAAAGAUGAUAGAAUGGUUAUAUCCUGAUCUGCGGAAUCAUACACUUGCAGAGAAGGAGUAUGCAGUGAACUGCACAGAUAUCACUUUAGUUCGACUCUGGUCCCAUAUAGAUGUGUUCGCAUUUGCACAUUUCACAGGCUGGGCAUUGAAAGCUCUCCUUAUAAGGCAUUAUGGGAUACUGUGGACCAUCAGCAUUAUGUGGGAGAUUACUGAGAUUGUGUUUAUGCAUCUUCUGCCAAACUUUGCGGAAUGUUGGUGGGACUCUCUAGUCCUGGAUGUUCUUGUUUGUAACGGUCUUGGUAUAUGGAUUGGUAUGGUGUUGUGUAAGGCCCUAGAGAUGAGGAACUACCACUGGGAAAGUAUUAAAGAUAUUCAUUCAACAACGGGUAAAAUCAGGAGAGCUGUUCUACAGUUCACACCAGCGACCUGGACACAUGUUCGCUGGUUGGACCCUAACUCGGGAUAUAUGAGAUUUGUGGCUGUAACAAUGUUGAUAGUUGUAUGGCAGCUGGCUGAAUUGAACACAUUCUUCCUCAAGCAUAUAUUUGAGAUUCCACCGCCACAUCAGCUGAACUGGAUCAGGCUGGCUCUCAUAAGCAGUGUAUCUGCUCCAGCAAUAAGGCAGUUUUAUGUGUAUGUGACAGAUACAAGAUGUAAAAGAGUUGGAACUCAGUGCUGGGUCUUCUGUGCAAUCACAUUCACAGAGGCUAUUAUAUGUUUGAAGUUUGGACGGGAGCUGUUUCAACAAACAGAAAUUACAUAUGUUUUAACAUGGCUUAUUAUACAGACACUCAGCAGCUGUCUAUGUGUGUAUCUAUGUGUGGUCUAUGCCAGGAAAUGUUGGAAGGAAAUUAUUAAGAAGACUAAGAUAUUUGAUGAUGCCAGUGACAAGUGUGAGUAUGAAUCAUCAGAACCUUCGACACCAGUCCGGCAAGUAAGAAAUGGUGCACAGCUCAAAUCAUCUCCUAAAAAUAGCACAGGGAACCAGUACAGCCCACCUCAAGGAUCUCCAAAGUAUUAUCUCCGCAAACGUGAAAAGAGCAUGGCUAAUGGUCAUAUUUCAAACUAGAAGUUUAGAUCCACUAAUUCAGUUAAAUGUAUCUGCUGUCAAGAUCUCUAACAAGCUAUUUGAUUGGUUGAUUCUGAGGCCAGUUUUGAAAUUGACCAAUGAGAAGGUUUGAUUUAUGGACUGGUUUCCAAACUUUGUUUCGCUGCUAAUAAACAGAACUAAAGCACUUGGAGACCAGUCUCAGAAUGUGACUAUUCCAUUGGCCAAUUUUAAGAUUGUGCUCAGUAACAACCAAUCAGAUGCUAGAGGUUUUAGACUGAUACCCAAACUCAGUUAUUUAGCCUUGGGGCUAGGGAACAAAGGCUGAAAACAGUUGAAUUCAGAAAGCAGUCACAGAAUUCCAGCAUAUGACUGGUUGUUAUUAGCACACAGACUUGUAAACUUUAAGCUGGAGAAUACUAAAAAGAUAUAAACAGUCUGUGAAACAUUAUGGAUAAUGGAGAUAUUACUGGCAUGAAAGUUUACUUUUUAAUGGACUUUCUUGCAUGACAUUGCAGACAUUAGUUAAAGAAACUUCUUUUUUUAUGUUUUAGGUAAUUGGAAAGACAUGCUCACUUGUUAUUUGAAUUAUUUACUUGUAUAGGCCAGUUGUUCAUGAGUAUGUUAAAAAUGUGUGUUUUUCAUCUCCUUCUAAUGAACUGCAAAACAUGGAAAAUGUAUUUAGUUUUGAAAUUUUGAAUUGAAUUUAAAAAAAUGAUCAAAUUUAUAUUGUAAUUCUAAUGAAAUGAAAAUGAAUUCAUCUCUUCUAAAAUAGAGGUAAAUACAAAGUGUGAAUUGUGAAAGUUGGCAUGCCAAAACGAUUUCUAAUAAGAGUUGUAUUGGAAUUCCUUGUAUUGAAGUGUACAUAUCUGAUAUAGGGAUGAUUGCUGCAGUAUUACAACAAUAAGAAAUGACGUCAAACUCCUUUUGUGGCAGACGUAAUGUUUCAAACUUCCAUAAUUUCUUUAUAAACUCGACUGUAUGGAUCAGUUCUGUAUCAUGUAUCACUGUCUUUUCAGUGGUAUUUCUUUACAGUUUUACCAAAAAAAUAUACUUAAUUUAUUAUGUUUGUAUAAUAAGGAGUUGUUUUAUUGUUCUUUAUAAAGAUUAUCAUCAGUAUUUGAGCCACAUCAUGAGAAAACCAACAUAGUGCCUUUGCGACCAGUAUGGAUCCAGACCAGCCGCGCAGUCUGGUAAGGAUUCACGCUGGUCGCAAACGCAAUUAUGUUAGCUUUCUCAUGGUGCGGCUCAUUUAUUUCAUGCCAAAACUUCUUAAUCUAAUAUCUCAGCUUAAUGUUAUAUUCUGAAUUUGCUGUAUUCAGGUUAUGUUCAAAGUUCAGGUUACAUGUAUAUUGAAAGUUGCUAUAUUUAGGUUAUAUUUCAAAUUCACUGUCUGGUUAUAUUCUAAUUUCACCAAAAAUUCACAUUAUAUUCUGAGUCCAUGGUGUUGAGUUAUAUUAUAUGAAUUCACUGUGUUUAUGUUAUAUUCUGAAUUCGCUGUUCAGGUUAUAUUCUGAAUUCUUUGUGUUCAGGUUAUAUUCAGAAUUCGCUGUGUUCAGGUUAUAUUCUGAAUUCACUUGUGUUCAGGUUAUAUUCUGAAUUCACUGAGUUCAGGUUCUAUUCUGAAUUCUCUGUGUUCAGGUUAUGUUCUGAAUUCACUUGUGUUCAGGUUAUAUUCUGAAUUCACUGUGUUCAGGUUAUAUUCUGAAAUCACUUGUGUUCAGGUUAUAUUCAGAAUUCACUGUGUUCAGGUUAUAUUCUGAAUUCUCUGUGUUCAGGUUAUAUUCUGAAAUCACUUUUGUUCAGGUUAUAUUCUGAAUUCACUGUGUUCAGGUUAUAUUCUGAAUUCACUGUGUUCAGGUUAUAUUCUGAAAUCACUUGUGUUCAGGUUAUAUUCUGAAUUCACUGUGUUCAGGUUAUAUUUUGAAAUCACUUGUGUUCAGGUUAUGUUCUGAAUUCACUGAGUUCAGGUUCUAUUCUGAAUUCUCUGUGUUCAGGUUCUAUUCUGAAUUCUGUGUGUUCAGGUUAUGUUCUGAAUUCACUGAGUUCAGGUUCUAUUCUGAAUUCUCUGUGUUCAGGUUCUGUUCUGAAUUCUCUGUGUUCAGGUUAUGUUCUGAAUUCACUGUGUUCAGGUAAUGUUCUGAAUUCACUGUAUUCAGGUUUCCAUUCUUUAGAAAUUGGGGCCCCUAUUUUGGAAUUUAAAAUCAUUCCUGCUCUUCUCAGUUCUAGUACAAAUACAUUGCAAAAAACAAUGGAGGCUCAAUGUAUGUUUGAAGAUAAAACUUUUGAGCUGUGCCAUGAGAAAACCAACAUAGUGACUUUGCGACCAGCAUGGAUCCAGACCAGCUUGCGCAUCUGCGCAGUCUGGUCAGGAUCCAUGCUGUUCGCUAACAGUUUCUCUAAUUCCAUUAGGCUUUGAAAGCGAACAGCAUGGAUCCUGACCAGACUGCGCGGAUGCGCAGGCUGGUCUGGAUCCAUGCUGGUCGCAAACCCACUAUGUUGGUUUUCUCAUGGCACGGCUCAUUUAAUCAUUUGUAAAUAAUGUAUUUAUCUGCUACCCAGUGCUUGUUUUGAGUUGAUUUUUAGUGAUCUGUUGUCAUUUUAAACUGUAUCAUUAAAUAAGGUAUUUCGUAUGUCGUUUUAUAAGCUGUAGCUAAUAAAUGGAUUUUUGUCAGCAUUUAUUUCCUCACAUUGAGGACUAAGGAAUUUGAAGUGCUAAGUAUGAUUUGGUUGUCAAUAGUGUGUACUAUCUGUAUUAUAAGAGAGGUUUAGACUUUUUAAUUGAACAGGCCUUCUGUGCUCAAGCGGUAAAGGUCAAAAUCACUUGCCUCUCACCCUUGCGGGUUUGAAACCUUGCUUGGAAUGAUGCAUGUGAGGAAGCCAUGCAUCAGGCUUAUGAAAGGUGUCUGGUUCUUGCCAGGUCCCUGCCAAUGUCUGAAGUAAUGCAUGGAAAGGCACCUGGGGUUUUCCUCCACCAUCAGUUGUUAAAGACAACAUGCAGACAGCAUGACCCAGCUCAGUAGGUCCAAGGUUAAGGUCAUACUUGAAGGUUAAAAGCCGUCAGUACCACAUUUUAGUUUCACUGUAUCAGAGCAGCAGCUGGGAGGUAUUGAUCUUCAUUAGUGAUAGCUUUAGUUAUAUAAAUAU